GAUGUUGUUGAAGAUGGCUCCUAUUCCUCUGUUUAUUUUCUUCUUUCUCACCCAUUCUCUGCCUCCAAGCUCCGCUGAAGACAAGGAACAACCUUAUAAAUGUCCACCAUUCUCUUGUGGAAAAUUUGGGCUGAUUCAAUUCCCUUUUAACAGUAUGAAGAGCCCUGGAUGUGGAGUGUUCUCAUUGGAUUGUUCAGAGAAUAAAACCAAGAUUCAACUGAAAGAAGGAGGACACUGGUAUGGUGUCAAGAGCUUCUCCCAGGCAGAUUCCAUUGUCGUCAGCGAGACAAUAUCACUAUCUCAUUCGGAUAUCAUCGAUGAGUGUAAAACUAUCGAUAUUUUCUCUCUUCCCAGCCCCAAAUCAACGCUCUUCCAGUUCUAUAAUCUAACAGUUAAGAAUUCAUCAACGUUCUACAAUUGCAGUCACAGUGACAGUCGUGUCGUUACUCCGCCGAAAGAUUUUCAUCAAACUAAGUGCGGAGAGCACGAUUUCUACAGCAAUCCCCGAAACAUAAGUUUUCCAUUCGAACAACAAUGUCAAGUUGUCACGAUUCCUUUUCCACUCCAACAUCAUGAACACCCCACCACACAAACAAGAAAAGUUUCAGUUGAUUUCAAUUUUCAAGUGCAACCUAGCCAUGCUUGUUGGACAUGUCACCUUAAUCGAGGGAAAUGCCAUAAUACUAACGAAAAUCAAUUUCAGUGUUUAGAUGAUCUGGUGACACUGCGAAAAGGACAUGAUGAGAAGAAAAAGCCAAAGUUAGGACUAGGACUUGCGGUUGCUUUGGGUGGAAUUGGGACACUUGUGGUUAUGUUGAUCUACUACUUUAGAAAGAAACAUAAUCAUGCUCAUCAAAGUAUUGAGACAUUCCUAAAGAACUGUGGUCCCCUUCAUAUUAGAAGAUACAAUUAUUCGAAUAUUAAGAAAAUGACAAACUCAUUCAAAGAAAAACUAGGCCAAGGAGGCUUUGGUAGUGUUUACAAAGGAAAAUUACAUGAUGGACAUCUUGUUGCAGUGAAGAUGUUAAACGAAUUGAAAGCCAAUGAUGGAGGAGACUUUAUUAACGAGGUCGCAGCAAUCAGCAGAACUUCCCAUGUCAAUGUUGUCAGAUUGUUAGGAUUUUGUUUUGAGGAUGCUAAAAAGGCUCUCAUCUAUGAGUUCAUGCCUAAUGGUUCUCUUGAAAAAUUUGUAUACGAUGAAAAUGAAACUGAAGAAAGUUAUCAAUUGGAUUGGGAAACAUACUAUCAAAUUUCACUUGGCACUGCUAGAGGACUAGAAUAUUUGCAUCGAGGUUGCAACACACGGAUUUUACAUUUUGACAUUAAACCCCAUAACAUCCUUCUUGAUGCAGACUUUGUGCCCAAAAUAUCAGAUUUUGGCCUAGCCAAAAUCUGCACAAGGAAAGAUAGUGUAGUUUCAAUGUUGGGUCCAAGAGGUACUAUUGGGUAUAUUGCUCCAGAAGUUUUCUCUAGAAACUUUGGAGGGGUUUCCCACAAGUCUGAUGUCUAUAGUUAUGGAAUGAUGGUUUUAGAAAUGGUGGGAGGAAGAAAAAAUGUCAAUAUUAGAGAUUAUAAUAGCAGUGAAUUAUAUUUUCCACAAUGGAUCUAUGAGCGCCUUGAGCUUAAAGAACUAGGACUCAAGAGAAUUAUAAGUGAAGAAGACAAUGCAAAAUCGAGGAAGAUGAUUAUGACGAGCUUGUGGUGCAUACAGACUGAUCCCUCAAGCCGACCAACAAUGAGUAGAGUCAUAGAAAUGUUGGAAGGUAGCCUUGACUCCUUGAAAGUACCACCUAAGCCUUUCUUGUCCUCCCCGCCAAGAUCAUCACCCUCUGAUUCUUCUAACAUACUUAUAUCUCUGUGAGUAUAACAUUUCAAACAUAUUUGGAUUUUAUACAAAAACUGUAUUAAUUGAAGAACAUAUUUAAAGAGCAAAUUGUCUCGCACAAGUUCUCGGGAAAAUUUCAAUUUUUUCCCCAAAUG